AUGAAUAAUAAUUAUUUCCAGCCGAUUAUCUUAAUUAUUACCAGCCGAUUCUCGUUGCGCCUGAAAUCAGCCUUGGGCUUCGUGGGUGCAGGACCGCGAGAUCCCCAGCCUACCACGCUGCCCCCACUGGACCUGGACGCCUUGAAACCAUGCAUUUGCGACAACCCAAGCGUGCGCGAUUUGCGCAUUUCCUGUCCCGGCGUCAACCUGCCACAACUAGCCAGACGCCUGCAGUUGCUGCAGGGCACCCGCAUCGCCGUCUUCGAGGUGCGCGCCGGCGUCAUCCCGGUGUGGGACGCCAACCUGGUCGGCAACAUCACGCUGCUGGAGAUGACGUUCGCUAACAGCCAACUGCGCAACGUCGGCACGCGCAUCCUCGACACCUCCGCCGACCAGGUCAUCCGUCUGGCCCUUCCCUUUAACCUCCUGGAGGAGGUUCCGUCCGCGGUGGGGACCUUCCCGGCACUGCGCGGCCUCGAUUUGUCGUAUAACCGCAUAGCCAGCGUUCCCCGCGACCUCCUGCGGGUUCUGGUGUCCCUCCAAGAUGUUAAUUUAGCCGGCAACCUCCUGCCCAAUGUCGACACCGGCGCCUUCGACGGUCUCUUCGCCCUGAGGGAGCUCAACCUGGGCGCAAACCUGCUGCAGCAUAUACCCGCCUUGGGCUUCGGCUACCAGCACGGCUUGCAGGUCCUCAACGUCAGCGGCAACAAUAUCAGCGCAGUUUCCGGCACAGAUUUGCAGAAUUUGACAAAUCUCUACGUCCUGGACUUAAGCUUUAACCGCCUCGACAGCGUGGACAGUGGGGCGUUCCGCGCCAAUCUGAAACUCAUCUAUUUAUUCCUGGACCACAACCAUCUGACCUCCCUUCCCGCCGGCCUCUUCCCCAUGGGAAUGGCCGUGCAGAAUCUGACUUUAUCGCACAACCGCCUCACCACUUUCCCGUCCGACACCUGCCAGGGUCUCUCCAACUUGGUCGGCCUCGUCGUCAGCCACAACGCCCUGACGGAGGUUCCGGCGCGGCUGGUCACCAACAGCUCCCGCAUCGCCGCCAUCGAUUUCUCCUUCAACCCGGCACUGAACGUCAUCCGCAGUCAGGCGCUGGACGGUCAAAAACACCUAAACAGUCUCUCCUUCAGUUUCUGCAACCUGACCACCAUCGAGGCCGGCGGUCUGGGCGACCUGCAAGAAGUGACGGCGUUGCACCUGGACAACAACAAUCUAUCGCAAAUAAAGGCCGCCAGUCUGGGCUUCUUGCCGUCCGUGCAGCAUCUGCAGUUGAGUUACAACAACAUCUUCCAGCUGAAGCUGAUGGAGAUCUCAGGGUUGCUGGGCCUGAUGUCGCUCAACCUGUCUCAUAAUUUUAUCAGGACGGUGUCACCAGACGAGAUGCCAAAAUUACCCAUGUUGAUGACGUUGGAUCUCAGUUAUAACGGCCUGGUGGAGGUCAUGCCCGGCAGUUUCAAAGAUUACUUAGCGCUGCAGCGAUUGUACCUCCACAACAACCUUCUCGAGGCGGUCAACUCCUCCACUUUCGGCAGCAUGUACAGCCUCCUUGAAGUGGAUCUCAGUAAGAACAACAUCACCAGUUUCCACCGGCUCACUGUUAGCAAACUGCGCAGUCUGCGCCGGCUCAAUCUGGAUAGCAACUUCAUCAGCGAAUUGUGCCAGGUGCCGGUCAGCCUGGCGGUCUUAUCCGCCCGCAACAACUCCAUCGCCACCAUCCAGGCCGCUAGCUUCCCCGUGGUGAGUGUUCUGACGACGCUGGACCUGUCCUUCAACAACAUCAGCGAACUGGAACCGGGCGCUUUCCGCCGACUGGUUAUCAUUGAAACGGUGAAAUUGCGCGGCAACGCCCUGACGGCGGUGCCGAAGCGCGAGCUGCAGAACUACGUCAUACUUCGGCAACUCGAUUUGGGCCAGAACAGGAUCGCCGGCGCCGAUUACGACGCCUUCAGUGGACUGAAGCUGCGCAUGCUAUACCUGGACAACAACCAAAUUGUCCGCUUUAACGAAAGCGCACUGAACGGUCUGGCGGAGCUGUCGGAACUUCGUCUGGACGGCAAUCGCCUGCCGGCGUUGGACUCGCAACUCCUGCGCGGCCUGCAAUCGGUGACGUCGGUAAACCUAAGCGGCAACGCCUUGAGCGACGUCACCGGCGACGUGUUCAACGACCUGUACUCGGUGCGGCAUAUCUCCUUGGCCGACAACGCCCUGGGUACCCUCCCGCGGCGGCUUUUCGACCGUAACAACUUUCUGGAAAGCGUGGACCUCAGCGGCAACCGCCUGCGCGUGUUCCCCACCCACCUUGAGGAGGCGGUAAACCACCUGACCUCCCUCAACGUCUCCCGCAACUUCCUGCAGGAGAUCCAGCGCAUCCCCGCUCUUCCGUGGCUCACCGUCCUGGACUUAUCGCGCAACGCCAUCAAACAGUUAAACGUGCACGCCUUCUCCAAGAUGCCGCGCCUGCAGCGCCUCCUACUGGACCGCAACCCUCUGGAGAUCGUCGCCGAUGCCGAACUGAACUCCGAUCUGCAGCAACUCAGUCUGGACUACACGCUACUGCACGCGGUGCCCGUUUCCCUGUUGCUCUCUCUGGACCAAGACAACAGCACCCUUUCCUUCCGCAACGUCAGCAUCGUCUGCGACUGUCGGGCGGUGGGCCUGCAGGAGUACCUCCGGCGUCGGCGGCAGUCACACAGCGACACCACGGCGCAUCCCUUGGACGCGCUGUGUGCCGGGCCGGCCCCCGUCAACGCCACGCCAAUCGUGGACGCCCCAUUGGGGACCGAAUGCGAGGCGUCGCGGCAGGCCAUCGACAAGCUGCAGUACUCGAGGACGGUGUUAGAUCUGCACGCGGUGCGAGCGGGUAGCGCGGUGAUCCUCCAGUGGGACACGCUGGUGGCCGCCGACAUCUUCAGCUUCGAGCUGAACGUGGAGUACGCCAACCGGUCGAUGCACACGCCCAUGACGCGGCUGCCAUAUUACAUCAGCCAGUACACCGUGUCCGACCUGUCACCCUCCACCACUUACAACGCCUGCGUCCAGAGUUUUGACUCCCGGGGGCGGAUGGUCGGCUCGCCUGCCUGCAGACUGGUGCAGCUCGGCACACCAGGCCGACCAACCUCUAUCUAGCAAGAUCGUAACCAUAUCAGAUCACAACAUAUUUGUUGACCUUUUGCUAAAUAAAAGGGCGAAGAAUAAUGCCAAGAUUAAUAGUUUUGCAAGGCUACGUUUUGUGAAAUAAUUUAACAAUAAUCGACGAUAAAACAGUUACGCAAAUAUCUAUGCAAAUACAACGGGGAAACGCGAUUUGUGUAAUGGGUAC